AUAUUAUUUAAAUAACCAGUAAAAUGCUGCCACUCCUGACCAGGGAAUCCGCUCGAAGGCUCUGUCGCACCUGCAUGCUCCAACUGGACAAGGAGGACAUCAAAUCAGAGCUCCAAUCAGAGGAGAUUCCAAUCAGUCAGGAGCUGCAGCAAUUGCUUAACAUAAAUCUCAGCCAGGACUCGAAGGAAACGGAAAACCAGGACAUGGAGCAGUCGCUGCCUAAUGAACUGUGCCCAGAAUGCCGGCAGUUGGUGCAGAAUUUCGAAAAGUUCCGCCGGAAAGCUGAGGUUUGCAGGCAGCAGUUUCUGGAAAUGCUAAAGAAGGACUUUCUGGAACCCACUUUUGAGGUGGUCUACGAGGACAGGGAGGGAGAGCAAGAAUCCCUGCAUAGUAUGGAUCCACCUGAGCCCGAUCCCGAUCCAGAUCCCAUCGAUGAACCCGCCGAAAAACAGGAGAAACCGGCCCGAAAAUCCUCCAGAGGCUCGAGGAACACUCUGAAGUGCUCCCUGUGCCGGCACAGCUUUGCCCACCAGAUUACCUUGUCGGCCCACAUCCGUAAAGUACACGAGGGCAGCAAGCGACCCUUCCAGUGCGAUCAGUGCGAAAAGGCCUAUAGUUUCAUGGGCGGUCUGUACACCCACAUUCGGGAGGUGCAUGCUCCCAAGGAGCGGCGUCAUCCCUGCGAUCAGCCGGGGUGCGAGAGGAUCUACACCAGCCGCAUAGCCAUGCAAAAGCACAAAAGACUGAAGCACAGUCCCAGGGACAGGGACUCCCUCAAGAAAUUCAUCUGCGAGCAGUGCGGCGCCAGCUUUAAUCAGUCAGCGAAUCUGAAGUACCACUUGAAGACGAAGCAUCCCACGGAGGACGAGGUGGCCGCCAAGGAAGGCGGCGCUGCGGAGCGACACUUCUGCGACAUCUGCCAAAAGGAGUUCCAUUCGCAAUACACCCUCAAGUAUCACACUUUGCAGCAGCACGAGGAACAGGAGGAGCUGCCGCACGAAUGCCAGGUCUGUGGCCGCCGGAUGGCCAAGAAGUUCAUGCUACUGCAGCACAUGCUGAUGCACUCUAGCGACAAGUUGCCCUGCGAGCACUGCGGCAGGCGGUUUGCUCGAAGAUUCGAACUAGAGGCCCAUGUGCGGGCGGUCCAUCUAAAGCUCAAGCCCUUCGCAUGUCGCCACUGUUCGGAGAGCUUUGCUUCGAGGAAAACCUUGAGACACCAUGAGUAUAUCCACACUGGCGAGAAGCCCUACGUUUGCAGCACCUGCGGACAGGCCUUCCGACAGCAGACGUGCCUCAAAAACCACAGGAAGGUGCACGAGAAGUAGUCUUAGCUAGUCUUAAUAAGAGUAGUUUCCUAAAUACAGUGAUUAGUCGAAA